GAGUUUUUGUUAAAAGUAAAAUAAAAAACACUUUCAUUCUUUGUAGGCUUUGUUCGAAAAUUUUUCAUAAUCAUGUCUGCGAAUAGAGAAGAAAUUCUAGCGGAUUUUCAAGCAUGCACUGGAAUAGAAGAUUUAGCAGAAGCAAUUUUCCAUCUAGAUGAGACCAACUGGGAUUUGCUGCAAGCUGUCAAUAGAGUGAUGCCUCCUGACACCCAGAGUUUUCAACCAAGAGUUGAUCCUGAUGUGAUGAUUGUUGAAGAUGAUGCUGAUAUCCCAGUUGUAGAAGCUGCCACAGAUAUGAUGGAAGUGAGGAAUAAUAUUGGACAUUCAUCUCCAACAAAGAGAACACAUGAUAAUAGUGUGCCCUCUACAUCUGCUGGAAAUGGCAGUAUAAAAACAUUGAACUUCAAUGUACAGUACUGUGAUAGGAUUAUAAAGGUUGAGUUGCCAGAGACUGCAACAGUUAAUGAUCUGAAAUUGAGGCUACAAAGAGAAAUCAAGGUAGCCCCUUGCCGACAGGUGCUCUCAAAUUGGGCUAGAUUAAAUCAAUAUGAAAAUACUCCUUUCUCGAAAUUAAUGAUACCAGAUGACAAUUCACUUGCUUUGACCAUUAAACAGAAUGAAGGUGGAUUCUCAGCAGAUGAGGAUACUGGAGUAACAGAAAAACUUCAUGGUCAAUAUAUGCUCAAUGUCAAAUGUGAAAAUAAAACAUAUAAUCUGAAGUAUCAAGGAAACAAAACUAUUCUUGAAGUGAAGGGAGAUGUGUAUACAUUGACAAACAUCUAUGUACGCAAUCAAAUUUGGAGUGGUUGGCCUCCUAAUAUAGAUGAUAACACCAUGCUGGCUCUAUCUGGAAUAAAUUAUCCUGAACAUGAUUUAACUGUCCGUCGAAACACUCAAUCCAAUCACAGCAGGGAGAAGCGAGGCAUGCCGAUCGUUCAGAUAGAUAGUGAUGAUGAUGAAUUUGAAGAUGCCUCUGAAAGUUUUGUGGUAGAUGAUGAAUAUUUCGAAAAUGAAAUUAGUCCAGCAAAAAGAACAGAACCAUUAAUACCAGAUAAUGUUGAAGAUGAAAUAGUUGGUACUAUAACUUUCUCUGAAAAUUUCACAGCCAGAUAUGGCCCAGUCCAUCCAGUUUUCUAUCAAGGGACCUUAGAUGAUGCAAUCAAGGAAGCUUGCUCAAAACCAGCUAAAGAUCGAAAAAUUCUCGCCAUCUACCUGCACCACGACGCCAGCGUGCUGACGAACGUCUUUUGCGCCCAAUUGCUCGGCUUCGAGUCCGUCAUGCAAAUGUUCGAGACGAAUUUCGUGCUGUGGGGCUGGGACAUCACCUUCGAAAGCAACCGAACGAAAUUGCAACAAUCGGUGAACAACACGCUCGGCCCCACCGCCGCCAUGAGUCUCAGGAAUAUACCGGUCGAUCGGUUGCCCGUCAUCUUCCUGAUCAUGAAGAUCAGAAGUACCACGGAAAUUUUCAAUGUCGUCUAUGGGAAUGUAGGGGUGAAUGAGCUGCUAUCGAAUUUGAUCGAAUGUGUGGAGGUGUUUACGGAACACCAACGAGUGGAAUCAAAGGAGGAAGAAGAGCGUGCCGAACGAGAACUUGUCAAAUUCGAACAAGACAUGGCUUUUCGCGAAAGUUUAGAAGCGGAUAGAGCCAAAGAAGAGGCGAAAAGGAUGCAGGAGAGAGCAGAGACUGAGGCGAAGCGUAAGCAAGAGAACGAGCAGGCCGAGACGGCGGCCAAAAAGGAGGCGUUCAGGAAACAGGUGGAGGCCAGUUUGCCGCCGGAGCCGCCCCUGGAUCAGGGCGACAGCAUCACCAAGAUACGGUUCAGGCUGCCCAAAGGGGAGAACAUCGAGAGACGGUUUCAAGCCAAUACACAACUCAAAAUUCUUCUGGAUUUUCUAAUAGUACAAGGUUAUCCAACUGAUGAAUUCAAAGUAAUAUCUAGCUGGCCUAGAAGAGAUUUGACAUCGUUGGACGCAAGCCAAACACUGAAAGAUUUGAAGCUGUGUCCCCAAGAAACUGUGAUAUUAGAAGAACGAUAAACUUUCAUAACAUUCCCUUUUGAAGGGGUAGGUUUUUAUACCGGCAUUUAAACAUGUAAAGUUAUUUAAUAUAUUUUUAAUUCG